GUGUGUGCAGAUUAAUAGAUUUUGAGUUUGAGUUUUUUUUUUUUUUUUUUUUUUUUUUUUUUAAAGGACCAGCUCCUGUUCAAGUUUAAAAACUUUGCACUACAGGAUGACACGACGAUUUGCAGUUUGAGACCAGCUAUCACAAAUCGAUUGGAAAGGUGUGUGAAUUAAGACAUAUCAAUGACAGAUACACGUCCUGCUGUCAGCAGGGACUGCUGAAAUGGCGUGAUCUGUCAUAUGAAGUGAACUUAAAUGGAGUUUAACGAGUGUGUGCCAAAUCUCAUUAUAAGCAAGAUCACAACAAUUGGUAAAUGUUUUCGGUUUACUUGCUGAAAAAAUAACAAGAAAAUGUAAAAAUGACACUUUUUACAGGACCUGCUGAGAAAUUCACUGAAAUGAAAUGAUGGAUUACGCUGUUAUACUCUUGUCUUAGUUCACUUUUGAACGUUUAUAACUCUCGGAGAGGUCUGCCUUGAAUUGUAAAAUAUGUAAGCCAAGGCUUAAAUUAUUUUAAUGGGUAUUUUUAUUGAGUCAUUAUGAAAAAUGUCUGAUUAAAUAAAAAUUUAAGACAUUUUUAUAGGUUUUCCUAACUUCAGCAUUAUAUUAUGAUUGAGAGGACAGCUUGAACCAGCCACCCCCCUCCAUUUAAAGCCUCUUCAAAUUAAAGUGCGGUAGUUAUGUUAUUUAAAUCAACAUACGAAGAAAAUGAAUCAUAUCCAUUUGAUACUGGAUAUGAUGUUUAAUAACCGCUACGGGGAGAAUAGGUUAAAGUGAACGACAUCUAAACAAAAAACAGCAAAACAGACGCAGCCCUAUUCCUCUGAUGUUUUUCAUUCAAUUUUACUUAAUUACUUUUUUUUUUUUAAACUGUACUUUUUCAGUAAAAUAGUUCCUCUCCACAGGUGCGCUCUUGUCAUUUUACAUUUUCCUAACAAACCGUGUCCCAGGAGCUGCACAUUGUCCAAACGUUAAGAAAACUACUACGAAUAUUUCAUUUUGAGCCAUCACCGAUGACUUUCUUACAUAUCCAUACGUUGUCACAUGUUUUACUCAAGUCACACACAUCCCUGCACCAGCGUCGCGCUUUAUUUUCUUUCUUUUCUUUUUUUUUUUUUUUUCUCCACCCCCUACGGCGACAUGAAAUCAGUAAGACACUUUGAUGAACCAAUCCAGAGAUAAACUAGGCUGCACUUGUCACAUAAACUGACAUUUCGGUCGUCCACAUGCACCGGCACUAGUAAACAGAAAGCCGCGCAAACAGAACUGCUGGUAACUCUGUGAGUACAACUUUUUGGAGUCAACAGCGAUAAAGAGAGUGAGGGGGCGGAACCCUGCUGAGCCCCUGCGCUGAACGACAGCCAAUCGCUUCGUUCUCCUAACUGCCAGUCACCGAAAUCCGUCCAAUACCCGCAGUGCCAUUUCUAAACUGUAUUCCCCACUGUGUCCUCCAACUGUUGUAUGUUCUGCCAAUCGCUUGAGGACAGAGUGGGAAAAGGAGCAAGCAGAGUUAGAAGCCGGACAAAAGAACUUAUAGACCCCUUACAUACAUAUUUUCCUAAUGUUUUAGAGAGCGUAGUGGGGUGAAAAACAAUUGCGGUGAGUGCGGAUGGACUUGUCAGUGUAGUUAUGGAACCCCCUUUAAGCAAGAGGAAUCCAGCGAUAAGAUUAGCGGAUUUGGCAGCGACUCAACCCCUUCCUCAUCAGAAUAUGACAGGCUUCCCGGGGCUAGGGGGGCAUCACCCUCUCUCCCACCAUGCCCACAUCCACCCUGGGGAGCUGGGCAACGACCCCGGAGUGGCACUCACUCCAUUUGGACCAGAGCACAUGGCACAGACAAAUGCUCUCAAACUUAGCCCAUCUCAGCACAUUCAGAGCCAUCCCGAAGCCCAGACCGCGGCAUCUUUCACUUCUGCUCAGACCACAGUUGGUUUCCCCGUGGCUCACCCCCACUCAGGCUACUCAAGCAGCAGGGACUUCAUCCUCAGGAGAGAACUCUCAGCCUCUGCUAUGCAUGCACUUGGCGACCAGCAUAGUUCCGCCUCCUCCCCUCAUCACCAUGGCAUGUUCAUCUCUCCAACAGGUGCUUAUGGGCACACGGAAAGUGGGGCCCAUUCACUUUUUACUGGACUUCACGACCAGGCGUCCCCAGGUGCCCACCACCAUGCCCUCAACGGGCAGAUGCGCCUGGGUAUACCGGGGGACAUCUACGGCAGGCCAGAGCACUUCGGGCACAGGCCAGAGCACUAUGGACCCUCUUCUCUCCACAGCUACAACUCCAUGAACCUCAAUGUGAACAUCGCUUCUGCUCCUCACGGAGCGGCGGGGGCGUUUUUAAGGUAUAUGCGGCAGCCCAUCAAGCAAGAGCUAAUCUGCAAAUGGAUCGACCAGGAGCAAAGUCAAAAAAAGCCCUGCUCGAAAACUUACAGCACCAUGCACGAACUGGUCAACCACGUCACGGUGGAGCAUGUCGGGGGACCGGAGCAGAGCACCCACGUCUGUUUUUGGGAAGAGUGUCCACGGGAAGGGAAGGCUUUCAAAGCGAAGUACAAACUGAUAAAUCACAUCCGAGUUCACACGGGAGAAAAGCCCUUCCCGUGUCCUUUCCCGGGUUGUGGAAAAGUGUUCGCUCGAUCGGAGAAUUUAAAGAUUCACAAGAGGACUCACACAGGAGAGAAACCUUUCAAGUGCGAGUUUGACGGCUGUGACAGAAAAUUCGCCAACAGCAGCGACCGGAAGAAGCACUCCCACGUCCACACCAGCGACAAGCCUUACUACUGCAAGGUCCGCGGAUGCGACAAAUCCUACACGCACCCGAGCUCGCUGCGGAAGCACAUGAAAGUGCACUGCAAGUCCCCGCCGCCCCCUUCCACCAACGUCACCUACAUUUCCUCCACGAACCCCCUCGGAGACCCUCUCUCGCCCAGCUCGGAGCCGCACCGGAACCGCUCCGCGAACCUCUCCCCUCAGGUCACCAACCUCAACGAGUGGUACGUGUGCCAAGGGAGCGGAGGGCCCAACCACCUCCACACCCCCUCCAGCGACGUGCCAACGUCAGACUCAGACGACGAGGACUCUUUCAGAAACUCAGACCCGAGGACGAUGCUCUGAUGAUGCCCAGUUUUCAGACCACGUGACUGCCAAACUUUUUUUUUUUCACCUAGUUGACCCAUUAAAGUGUGUAGAUCCAUGCUGGCCCGUGCGCUUGGGAUAUUGAUCAGUUAUUUUUCACUGUAGUAUUAUUACACGACCGUGCUAAACGCAGCUAAUACACAUUUACCGUGGAUGGAAUGCAGGCCCAAUUACAUGAGGAAGAAAUGCCUCUGAUGUGACCCCUGACCUUUCCUAAAAUGUAGAUCAUUACUGUCAAAAUAAAACACUUAACUGACAUUUGAAGUUCAAUUAAAAGCUACAAGUUCUUGCUUCUUAUAUGAAAGGACCAAAAAUUUUAAAGUGAGACAAUUUCUGAUUUUUUUUCUUCUUCUUUUUUUUCUUUUUAAACAUAUGCAGGGUUUAAUUAACUGCAUGUCUAAAGACUCAACUGGUGUGCUGAGGUGACAUCUUUCAUGUGACCUCCCAUCAUCCCCUUGCAGUUUAAUAACUGGGCUGCUAUCAAUCACUGUCAUAUUCCAGACAUUUAAAGAAAACAAAUGGUACUGCUUGUAACACUACAAAUGGCAACAAAUAAUUCAUGGACGAAAUCUAGUGGCUAGAGAUGAGGGGGGGGUUUGUUGUUGUUGUUGUUGUUUUUUUUUUUUUUUUUUAAAGAUUUCUCUAAGAUGUGGUACAAACUUUGAUAAAACAAUAAGGAGAAAAAAAAACAGAGGAGGCAAACAUCUGGGUGUCUUAAGGGUUCUCAUUUACCUUUUCAGAUUUAUACAAUACAUGUGUUUGGAUGGAAUUUUGUAAUAUUUAAGAACUAUUUAAGACUAUAUUUUAUGCACAAUACACAAGUGUUAUGCUCGUUAAAGAGUACGAGUAAGUCCCUUGAGACCCUAAAUGUCUACACUGACAGGCUUUGACCCUGUAGGAUUUGUAUAUAUGUAACUGUACUGAUGCUUGUGAAUGUUGUGUAGUUUUAAUUACAAAAAAAAGAAAAAGAAAAAAAUGUUGUUUUGUACAUUGUAAUUUAUUUGCUGGUAUCAAUGUUGUACUGGAAUUACAGAAACACCAAAGAUUAAUAAUAUCAGUUUUGGUGAUGCGUAGUACCCUGCUGAUGAUUUUUUUGUUUUGUUUUGUUUUGUUUUUUUUUUCUCUCUUGAACUUUUGUUCAGCUUUUUCUUUGUUUUCAGUUUUUAAUUGUUCUGUAAAAGAAGAAAACAUUUACUUGAAUAGGCUGUGUAAUGUGAAAAGUCCCUUCCUCGCAUGCCUUUUUGUAGUGAUCUGUCUUUCUCUUUGAGGUGCAUGGUGCCGUUUGACAUGAUGGAUAAGAAAAAAAAAAAAGAGAUGAAUCAGCUAUGAUUGUGCAGACCCUUGGUGUUCAAAAUUACAUUUACAAUAUAAAAAUCUUGCUAAAAAUUGAUUAAAAAAAUACCAGGACAUAUACAGUAAAUAACUAACAAGUGUCAAAUUGUUCUGAUUUAUGAGUGAAUUUGAUUAACAAGGGUUUUGGACAUCAGAAAAUUUACAAAAUAUAUAUGGACUCUUAAUAUAAAUUCAGCUGGACUCUGGUGAUUUUGGGAUUGCAACUUCUUGUAAAAUGUAUUUUAGGGAGCUGUACCUUUCUUGUCAAAUUAUUACUUUUUUUUCCCUGUAAACUGUAAAUAAGACAAAACAUCAAUUUCAGUGUCACCUCAAAUGAAAAAGUAGAAGUUGCUCCGUUCACUUCUUAUCCUGACAUUUCUGUAAAAUAUCCACUGUUAUCUCAGAAUUGGGCCUAACGGGCCAAGGAGGCUGGUAUAAACUAAUCACUGAGCUAAUGGGAAAACUUAUAGCCCCCUGAUGGCGUUACCUCUGAAAGGCGCGACAGCACAAAGCAGCCGAGGCAUGAAUCAUUCAUGGGAAAAAUAAAAGAUAAAAAGAUAUCUGACAAUAAGCAAGGCCUUGUAUAGAGUGUAUAAAACAAGUUCCCCCUCUUAUUUCCUCCAUUAAAACGCACAAUCUCACUUUCAAAGAGUUGCCUGUCCAGUCUAUAGAAUUAAAAUUGACCAACGCGAGUCCUGCACCACUUCAAAGGCUGCAGCUUCUGAGAGGAAGGCUGGCCGCUUUGACAGUCUUCAUGGUGCGUUAGGAUUUCUAUGGCAAUUGGGUAGUGAGACGCUCACAUCUGAAUAUGUCUGGUUGAAAAACACUAACUGCCACUAAAUGAACUAUAAUCAAAGCACAGGAUGCACCCUCUCCAGAAAGUGUGCGUCGCCACAGAUACACCGUUGGCAGGUAAAUGACACACAAGCUCGAGGCAGCCUGGUUACACAGCCUUGCCUGGUAAGAACUGGAGAAAUUCAAAACGAAAUAAUAAUAAUAAAAAAAAAACACAACAAAAAGAAGGUCCAUACAAAUUGAUGGACACAAAACAACAGGUCGAUUUUUCUAAGCUUCCACGCUGCAUCAGUUAAGACCUACCUGAGACACAUUUGACCCCAGGUUAACCUGGAGGAUGCUGGGAAUGUGGCCACGAAACGCGCACACCUAAUGAGCGAUCUCAAAUAUUAAACCAAAUUUUACAACGUAACAAAAAGGACCACUUCAGCAGCACGAGGGGGCUUUAAUAAAAGACAACAACUGCAGGUUUGUCCAGCUAAUACAGGGCCUUUAUCAAUUUUAUAGCUGUCCUCUUAGAGGUUUCUAAAAACACUCAAUCUGCUGUUUCAUUCACUCGACAGUGUAAGAACUCGUGGGCCUCCUCUCGUUUUGUGUGCGGACCUUUAUAGGAGCGAGGGCCCAAAGAGUAGCCUGCUCUUGUAGGUCCUGUUUGGAAACAAGUGCUCAGUGAAUGUUGCAAAAUAAACACGAUGAAAAAUAA